UGUGGGCGAGUUUUGUGUGAUUGACAGCUGAGGCAUCAUGGCGCAGAGGAGCAGGUCCAUUCGGAUUUUGUCCUGUGUUCUGCUCAUAUUGAAUUUUGUUCAUGUUUUUGGACUGCACCAAGGUUCUGGUCUGUUCUUGAGGUCCAAAAGGGCCAACUCUUUCCUCUUGGAGGAGCUUCUUCAGGGAAACCUUGAGAGGGAGUGUCUGGAGGAGGCGUGCAACUAUGAGGAGGCCAGGGAAGUGUUUGAGGACCACCACCAAACGGCUGUAUUCUGGGCCAAGUACAAUGACGGGAACCAGUGUAAGUCUGCCCCCUGUACCAAUGGAGGGAACUGCACUGACAUGAGUGGUGGGUUCUACUGUGCAUGCCCCGCCCCCUUCUAUGGAGAAACCUGUGAACUGGCACCAGCAUCCAAACCCAAGGCUGGACUGGACCUAGAGCUGAACCAGGACUUAGAACCAAAGUUUAAAGACUUCGCAGAGUGUCCGACCCAUGGCCCGUCUUCAUGUGAGCAGCUGUGCACGGCCUCAGAGUUCAGAUUCAUCUGCUCCUGUUUACCGGGAUUCAGACUGCAGAGUGAUGGGCGCACCUGUGAGCCAGAGGUGGAGUUCCCGUGUGGGCAGGUCCCAGACCAGCUUCAGUCCAAUUCCUCGGACUCUCUCUGCACCAAUAAGCACUGUCCCUGGCAGGUGUCCUUGUUAAACAGGAGGGGGGUGGAGCUCUGUAAAGGUGCCCUGCUUGGACUCAGGACCAUCUUGACCUCUGCUAACUGUCUGCAGUCUCACAUAGGACCAGAGCUGGACCCAAACCAGAUCUUCAUCCGCUUCAGUGGGCAGCCGAGGGUGUUCCAGGUGCGCUCUGUGGAAGUGCAUGAACGAUUCUCAUCGGCUCACGACUAUGACCUCGCCCUGCUGCAGGUGUCCCGCCCCCCGCGCAUGAGCUCCGCCCAUUUUCAUCUGUGUGUCCCUGCCCACCGCGACCAUGCCGAGAACGUCCUGAUGCAUGAUGGGAAAGCGCUGCUUGUGGGUGGGUACGGAUCCGGUGCCAGAUCUGUGUCACUGGAGGAGUGUAGAGGCAAAAAUAUCAGCCACAGCCUCACCAACAAGAUGUUCUGUCUGGAAACUAGGACUAACACAGAACUGGAACAAGCCUGGACCAGGGACCGGACCAGGGACCAGACUAAGGACGAGAAUAGGGAGCAGAUCAAGGACCAGACUAGGGAUCAGAACAGAGACCGGGCCAGAGACCAGGAUCGUGCCUCAGAUCAGGGUCAGAGAAGACCAGAGCAGAGCAGAGGAGUCAAGAAGGAAAGGGCAAAAAGGGAAACUGAUGGAAAACAAAAUGCAGGAACAGGUGAGGAACAAAACAUCCGCCUGAGCAUUCUAAAUGAACAGCACCAAACUGAUCCAGACCUGGGUCAAACCAAGACCAGAGGCCAGGACCAGGGUCCAGAUCCACAGAGAGAAAACAAAGGAUUAGUCAUCAGAGGAGAGACACAAAAUGGCCAUCAUCAGGGCCAAACUGACACAACACUGAACAGGGAAAUGAGAAACCAGACCAAAACCAGACCGGAUAAUGACAAACUGAAAGUCCAUCCACAUCAAGAUCUGCCAGGACUAAACCAAACCCUCCAUGGACUAAACCAGGACACUCAUAACCUUCCAAAACCAACUCAAACCAAACUAAACUCUAACAAACAGAAAGACCAUUCCCAAGAGAAUCUAAAUAAACCAGACCAGGGUCGCCUGAACUCCACAGGUCUGAACCAGGACCAGUCCAGAGUCCAAGGGCUGCUCCAGGGGACCCCAGUGGUCAGUGUGGACCGGGGGACAGCAUACCUAGUGGGGCUGCUGACCUCCACUGCACCUGGGAGAUCCUCUACUGAAGGGGGCAGCAGUCACAUCCUGGUCCUCACCAAACUGUCACGUCACAUGACCUGGCUCCAGCAGCGCCUGGGUCACAUGACUCCGCAGGUGACGAAGCUGCCUCAGCCCUGAUUGGACAAUCAAGCAGGGUCCACUGGCUCUGACUGGACAGAAAUGUAUGUUAAUUGUGGUACUAUUGCAGUAAAAUAAGUUUGGCUUC